AUGGAACAUUUGUCAAUUAAAUUAGAUGAUUUACCGGAUGAGAUUCUCAUAAUUAUCUUGAAAAAAUUGUCUAAUGUCGAAGUACUUUAUUCUUUAAUAGGUGUUAAUAAACGACUUAAUAGAAUUGCAUGUGAUUCAGUUUUUACAAGUAAUUUAACAUUAUAUUUCUUGGAUAAAUACAUUCAUUCAUUAUCUGAUUCAAUGGUUAAUCGAUUUUGUUCACAAAUUUUACCUGAAAUUGAUCAUAAAAUAAAAUGGCUUAAUCUUGAAUCAAAAUCUAUGGAACGUAUUCUUCUUGCUGGAAAUUAUCCUAAUUUAUAUGGACUUGGUUUAUAUGAAUAUUUAAAUUUCGGUCCAUCUUUGAUGUGGCAUCAACGAUUUUCAUUUGAUAUGCCAUCUCCAAAUGUUAUUUCUUCAAGUUUAUUAGAAUUACAUAUAACUGUGUUUCACUUUUAUGAUUUGCUUUAUUUACUUGAUGGACGUUUUAAUCAACUACGUAGAUUUCAUGUUAAUAUUUAUCGCAUUCAACACGGAAGUUCAAAUAUUUAUCGUCAGGAAAAAUUACCUAAUUUAAGAUGUUUUUCACUAUAUUCUGAUAUGCGUGUGCAUUAUUAUGAUGAAUUCAUUCUACCACUUCUACAUCGAAUGUUAAAUUUAGAAGAACUAGACUUACAUCUUAAAGUCGAUCGUUAUAAAGGAUUUAUUGAUGGAAAUGAUUUAAAAGAAAAUAUUAUAAAUAAUAUGCCACGAUUAAUUCAAUUUACAUUUAAUAUUCGUUUAACCAAUCGUCGUCCUAAUCAAACGAAUUUACCUUCAAAUGAAGAUAUUAAACAUACAUUCAAAGAUUUUAAAGAUAAUCAAAUUAUUUCUUGUGCUGACUUUUUCGAAGAAAAUCAAUUUAGUUACUGUCAUAUUUAUUCAUAUUCAUAUAGAAUGAAAUAUUAUGAUAAUAUUACAAAUAAUUUUCCAGGUGGAUUAUUUAAAUAUGUUGAUAAUGUAUCGUUAUUUGAUGAACGUCCAUUUGAAUAUGAAUUUUUUCUUCAGAUAGCUCAAUCAUUUCCAUUUAUGAAAAAAUUAACUAUAAAUAAUAAUAAACCACAAAAGAAUAAAUUAUAUAAACAAUCAAAGAAAGACAAUCAAGACUUACCAAUUAUUAAAUAUCUUCAUCUGACUAACCUAUAUUUUGAUCAAGCUCAUGAUGAUUACAUCGAACAAUUCCUGAUUGAUACAGAAACAUAUUUGCCAUAUAAACUUUAUCUUUUUGUUGAUUAUGAAGCACUGAAAAGAGUUACAGAAAAUUUCUCAAGACAUGCAACACGAAUCAAUUGUGCAAAAGUCCAUUAUUUAUGUAUACCAAAUGGACCUGAAAUUACUGAACAUAUGAAAGACUAUUUUCCUCAGAUAAAUAUAGGUUGA